CCGCCUCCUCAGAUGACGCAUUUUCCGCCAAGAUGGUUGUCGGUGCCUUUCCAAUUGCAAAGCUGCUCUAUCUGGGCGUACGACAAUUGAGCAAACCAUUGGCUAAUAGGAUAAAAGCAGGCGCGCGGAGAAGCGAAUUCUUUAAGAAUUAUAUCUGCCUUCCGCCGGCCCAAGCGUAUCACUGGAUCGAGAUGAGAACAAAGAUGAGAAUCAUGGGUUUCCGUGGCUCCACCAUCAAACCCUUGAAUGAGGAGGCAGCUGCGGAGCUUGGAGCAGAGCUGCUCGGUGAGGCUAUCAUUUUCGUCAUCGGUGGAGGUUGCAUGGUCCUUGAGUACAGCCGUCAGGCCGCCAACUCCAGACGCAAGGAAGAGGAGCUUGCGCAUUCCAUUAACAGUCUACAGACGCAACUAGGAGAGCUUGCACUAGCCACAGAGACACUGGAUGCCCAGAUUAGAGAGGUUAAUAGACUUCUGUUGUCCCUCCCAGCAGCUCCAAGUACCAAGUAACAACAUGCAUCACUAAAAUACGCCCUUUCUAAGGGCGAAGAGACUAAUUCAUGAGAACAUAUCAGUAGUGGUGCAACACUGCCAUAUUUACGCACACAAAGUCUUGCCGUCCCACACGUGCAAGGAAACCCCUGGCGUGUUAAAUCGUGUGUGACUGAGUGACUGGCCACCAGAGUAAUACAAUUAAAGCUUCCUAUUUGUUAUCUCUUUGGUUGGAUGAUGCUGUUUUCAAUCAGAAGUUCUAGUUAUUUGAUGAUGCUGUUAAACCAUUGCCAAUGUUUGACCACUUACUAUUCUGCUCAUCAGUUUGGGCGUUAGUUCAUAACAUUUUCUUCAUAUAAUAUGCUGAUGGAGUUGGGGAUCAUUUAUUAAUGAUUUGAAAAUGCACUUGGAUUGUGAAUACUUGAAUGACAAUUUCCAUAUAGUAAAUAUGGAUGUGUGUCUCAAUAUAGGAAGCAGAGAGACAUAUCUGUGUGUCCUGCAAGAAAACCCCCAUUACAUUAAAAGACUGCUGUGUUUAAUAUGGCAUGUGUAUAUGGGUGUAUAUUUAUGAUUGUAAAAUAAAGUGAAAUAUUCUGA